AGCUCGUGGAUGCAUUAACGCGGGCGACGUUGCAUAAACGACAUCGAGUGAGAGCGCAUCGAUUAGGCGAUAACUAUCUGAUAAGGAAGUAGCUUAACUACCAUAAUGGCAUCAUUACUGUGCCUUAGUCUUUUUAUGAUGCUGCUGAACGGGUCAAAAUUAUCAGAGGCGACGCAUGAACAUAAACAUGGACAUGGACAUUGCCGCGACCAUAAUAAUGGCGUGCAGGAAGACAACGUCAACGUCGACGGAGUGAAUAUCAAUUAUGUUCGUACCGGGACCGGUGAUCAUCCAGUUUUGCUCCUACCUGGUGCCAUGGGUUGGAGCUGGUUUAACUUCGGGCCACAGAUAGAAGGACUCGACAGAGAGAAGCUGACCGUAAUUGCAUGGGAUCCACCUGGAUAUGGGAGAUCCAUACCCCCUACCAGGACGUAUCCACUAAACGUAUUGGCACGCGACGCUUCCUGGGCGCGUAAUUUAAUGAGAACUUUGGGCUUUGAGACGUUUUCGUUGGUGGGAUGGAGCGAGGGUGGCGCUGUCGCGAUGACACUCGCUGGGAACUACCCUGAUAACGUCAGGAAGCUAGUGUCCGUCUCGAGCCAAGCCUACUUGACUCCUAAAGAAAUGGAGCAGCUCAGACAAUUUAGAAACGAGUCUAUACCAGAGGCCGUGCGGAAUACGGUGGUGGCUUUCUAUGGGGAGGAUUAUUACAGAACCAUGAGGGCUAAUUUGAUCGAUGGACUAGAGAAUGUUUACAUAAAAAAAAAUGGCAGCUUGUGCAAGGAGGAACUACCGAAAAUCAGAGCGCCCACUUUGAUCAUUCAUGGCAGGAAUGACCCUGGUGUCCCGCUGUUUCAUGCAACUUAUUUGAGAGAUAACAUUCGAGGUGCAAGGUUGAAGAUAAUGGAGAAUGCAACACAUCCUGUUCAACUGGAACAUCCACAAGAAUUCAACUCUAUAGUUACCAAUUUUUUGACCGAAGGAAUCGUUACAUAAUGCAUCUGUACAUUUUUUGUAAAUCUACUAGUCGUGCACGCGAGAAGUUUGCAGCUGAAGUUAAGAAGGGUUUCAUUCGUACAAGGGCAAACUUUCUCACCAGGACUAAACAUUAUGUAUCAAUCUUUCUAUAUGCUAUAUUAAAGUGACAUUCCUGCAAUA